CUUCACUCACAACUCACCAAAACGACACCGCCACAUAAAGCAGCAGAAGCAGGUAUUUGCAGAGAGCAGAGCAAAAUGGGAGAUGAAGCUCAGAGAGCUAAGAGAGAGGCGGCGGCGUCGUACGACUACGACGGCGAUUCUCGAUGGGCCGAUUAUUGGGCCAACGUCCUCAUCCCUCCCAACAUGGCCUCCCGCCCUGACGUCAUCAACCACUUCAAGCACAAAUUCUACCAACGCUACAUCGAUCCCGAUCUCGUCGUAGAGCCAAUGUCUUCUACCAGUAGUUCGCGUUCUUCUUCAACCACCUCGUCUUCCACUACUUCAUCCAACGCAGGCGUUCGUUCACGAAGUAAUUCAGGUAGAUCUUCGGGUUCGGGAACAUAUGCGACGCAAGCUCCUAAUGCAGCACCUUUGCGUUGGGAUCGCCAAACCGUUCAGUUUUCUGUUAAUGCUUGGGUUUUUGUUGUGGCUGCCCUUUCACUCAUUCCACUGGUGCCAGGACAUCUUUCUAAUAGGGCUUAUCGACUUUCUUUUUUGGGUACCACAUGCUCUUCUCUGUUUUCCUUGUACUCAUUAUAUGGGAAACCAACAGCAUGGAAUUUGCAGGGAUUGCAAAUUUACUUUCAGACAAUAAUUGCAACAAAAGAUUUUAUAACCUUCGUCUACUGCCUUUCAUUUGUUACUUCACAUCUUUGCCUCAAACUUGCAUUGAUCCCUAUCAUUUGUCGGGCAUUAGAACAUGUUGCAAAGUUCCUUAGACGCAAUUUCAGCCGCUCUACCUUGUACAGGAAAUACUUGGAAGAGCCAUGUGUUUGGGUGGAAUCAAACAAUACUACCCUCAACAUACUCGCAUCACAUGCUGAGAUUGGUCUGGGAUUCCUGCUGAUCAUCUCGCUGUUCUCGUGGCAGCGCAAUAUAAUACAGACAUUUAUGUACUGGCAGCUUUUGAAGCUCAUGUAUCAAGCUCCUGUUACCUCUGCUUAUCAUCGGAAUGUAUGGGCUACAAUUGGUAGGACGUUUAUCCCGAUUAUCCACCGCUAUGCACCAUUCCUGGAUGGUCCAAUCUCCGCAGUCCAAAGGUGGUGGUUCAGGUAGAUCCUCGGGAAACUGGAAGAUUCAAAGACAAUAAUAUUAUUUGGAAAUUUCGUAGAAACACCUUAUACAAGUGACUUCAUAUGAAGGCCCAAGUAGCCAUUUUGACAUCUAAAAUCUUGAAACAGAAAGUGAUUUCAUAUGAAAGAUCAAAGUAGGCAUUUUGGUCACAGUAAGUAAUAGAGAACUGGAAAUAGUUCUUACGGGUUGAAUAAGGGUCUAACACUGAAUGACCAAUUUCAUUUGCAUUAGUGCUUGGUUUAAUGAUUUAAUCUAUACAGUUCUUCUAUGAUGGUGAUCACAUUAUUGUAUUUGUUUUUUCAUGAGAAAUAGGAAGGAUAAGUGGUUACAAUUGAAGUUGCAACUUUGGUAAAUUAGUUGAAGCUGAGGCUCAAUGCCAGUCUUAGUCUUAUUCGCGUGUGUUUGCUACAAAUCGCUGUUGAUUGGAAAUUUUUCUUCUUUACAAUUUGUAUUUAUGUGUCAGAUAUAAUCACCUCAUCAGCUUAGUUUUUGUAUCGUGAAAAUUUUUCCCUCCAACAGAAAGACUUAUGCCUACUUGAAAAUGAGUAUGG